UGUGUGGAUACAUACACAUCAUCUCAUCCCCUCGUUCAUCCGUCACGACCCUCCUAACGCCGCCAUGAGAUCCAGGAUGAGAGUGGCGCUGCUGUUUCUGGCAGCAGCUGUUUGUGUGUCGAGCGCUCAGACCAACAACAGCAGCAAUGACAACAAGCAGCCGCAGCAGCAACGCAGCGUCUGGGAUGAGCCCAUCAGAUUCAGCACCAAGACCAAAGACUCCUGCACCAUGGUGGUGUCUGGAGCCGGGGACUAUACUCGCCUGCGUGUCUCCUGCAAAGGUCCGAGCCAGGGCCAGACCCCAGGACGCUCCUACUACUGCGACUUCCAGGGCAAACCCAACUUGUGCCGCGCCUACAACCUCAACCCACGCCACUACUUCACCCAGAUGAUGUGGGACAUGAGGAAGCUGAGCCACGCCUGCCAGGGACCCAAAGUCUACCGCCCGGCCAUGUGCAAGAAAUACCCAGACGAGGCCCAGAUUACCUUCCUGGCCUCCUGGCCCAAGACCACCGUGCCCAAGACCACCGUGCCCAAGACCGCCGCGCCCAAGACCGCCGCCGUGCCCAAAACCGCCGCCGUGCCCAAGCCCUCCAAGCCCGUCCAGGAGACACGUAAACCGUCUGUGCCAGCCCAGAACAAGACCGUCACUACUCCUAAACCUGUCAAGCCCCAGCAGCCCGCCAAGCCCCAGCCAGGCAAGGGCCCCCAGACCAAGAAACUCACCCCCAAGCCUGGGAAGACCACUACUCGUCCCACGGAGCAGCCUGACUCCAAAGCCACCCGCGUCGCCUCCGAGUACUGCUGGAAGAGCUUCCAGGGCGUCUGCACCUACUUCAUCAGCUGGUUCCAAAACUGAGGCGAUACUGCAGACACAGGCUGGAAACACCAGCGUCAGAACUCUUCUCGACCAUCUUCGACCUCCAGGAUCUGUGUGGGAGCCUCUGAAGGGAUUUUGACACCUCGUUAGGUCCGACCUCCGACCCUGCAACAUCUUAUACGGGCUCAGCCAAAAAACACUCAACCUACACUUGUCUACGGUUAGUGGACGACUGCUUGAGCUGUCAUGAAUUGUACAUGUCAUUUUUUUGUUUGUUUUUAUCUGUAAAACACACACAGCAAGGCAAAAGGGAAAAUAUGGCAGGCAUGUGAUUUUGUUUGUAUAUGAUGUAAAAUGUCCUGCGUGUGUGUCACAUAAAUGUUCCAACAACAUGUGACGGUAAAGAGAAUAAAGUCAGA